AUGCCUUUCCGUUAGAUAUUGUGUAUAUAUCCUUUAUAGACCCCUUCUCUAUUCCCUUUUACUAUCGAACAAUGCUCUUCGGGAAGGACCAGGACGAGGAAUGGAUGACGAGAGACUAUGAGGAUGACUUGUUUGACUACAAUAUGAACACUUCUCCAAGAACCGAUAAGGAUAACUUGGGAGGAUUAGACUUUCGAGGGGAUAUAGUCAACGGCGGUCGAAUGUCUAUGGUCGGAGACGACGCAUCUAUCGAGAUGAGAUAG